AUGCAGGCCCGGGAGGACGCGCCGCGCUCCCGCCGCCUCGCCAGCCCCCGCGGCGGGAGGCGGCCCAAGAGGCUCUCCAAGCCCUCGGUGUCGGCCUUCUUCGCGGGCCCGGAGGAGCUGAAGGACGCGGCCCACUCUGCGGCGCUGCUGGCCCAGCUCAAGUCCUUCUACGACGCGCGGCUGCUGUGUGAUGUGACCAUCGAGGUGGUGACGCCCGGCAGCGGGCCUGGCACCGGCCGCCUCUUCUCGUGCAACCGCAACGUGCUGGCCGCCGCGUGCCCCUACUUCAAGAGCAUGUUCACGGGCGGCAUGUACGAGAGCCAGCAGGCCAGCGUGACCAUGCACGACGUGGACGCCGAGUCCUUCGAGGUGCUGGUCGACUACUGCUACACGGGCCGCGUGUCCCUGAGCGAGGCCAACGUGCAGCGCCUGUACGCGGCCUCCGACAUGCUGCAGCUGGAGUAUGUGCGGGAAGCCUGUGCCUCGUUCUUAGCCCGCCGCCUUGACCUGGCCAACUGCACCGCCAUCCUCAAGUUUGCCGACGCCUUUGACCAUCACAAGCUGCGGUCUCAGGCCCAGUCCUUUAUAGCGCACAACUUCAAGCAGCUCAGCCGAAUGGGCUCAGUUCGGGAGGAGACUCUAGCGGAUCUGACCCUGGCCCAGCUGCUGGCUGUCCUGCGCCUGGAUAGUCUGGACGUAGAAAGUGAGCGGACUGUAUGCCACGUGGCUGUGCAGUGGCUGGAGGCUGCGCCCAAAGAGCGGGGUCCCAGUGCUAUGGAAGUCUUCAAGUGUGUGCGCUGGAUGCACUUCACGGAAAAAGAUCAAGACUACUUGCAAGGUCUGCUGACCAAGCCCAUUGUGAAGAAGUACUGCCUGGACAUCAUUGAAGGGGCCGUGCAGAUGUGCUGUGGCGACAUGCUGUACAAGUCUCUGGUGCCAAAGCCAAAUAGCAGCACCAGCAACAGCAGCAGCAGCGGCGGCGGUGGCGGUGGCAGCAGCAACUCUGUUGUAUCUGCGGCAGAAAAUCCACCCCAGAGACUGGGUAUGUGUGCCAAGGAGAUGGUGAUCUUCUUUGGACAUCCCAGGGAUCCCUUUCUCUGCUAUGAUCCAUACUCGGGGGAUAUUUACACAAUGCCAUCCCCUUUGACCAGCUUGGCACACACUAAGACUAUCACCUCCUCGGCCGUUUGUGUCUCUCCAGACCAUGACAUCUAUCUAGCCGCCCAGCCCAGGAAGGACCUCUGGGUGUAUAAACCAGCCCAGAAUAGUUGGCAGCAGCUUGCAGACCGCUUGCUGUGUCGUGAGGGCAUGGAUGUGGCAUAUCUCAAUGGCUACAUUUACAUUUUGGGUGGACGAGACCCUGUUACUGGAGUUAAAUUGAAAGAAGUGGAAUGCUACAGUGUUCAGAGAAACCAGUGGGCACUGGUAGCUCCUGUCCCCCAUUCCUUCUAUUCCUUUGAACUAAUAGUGGUUCAGAACUAUCUUUAUGCAGUCAACAGUAAGCGCAUGCUAUGCUAUGAUCCCAGCCACAAUAUGUGGCUGAACUGUGCUUCUCUUAAACGCAGUGACUUUCAGGAAGCUUGUGUCUUCAAUGAUGAGAUCUACUGUAUCUGUGACAUCCCAGUCAUGAAGGUCUACAACCCAGCUAGAGGAGAAUGGAGGCGGAUUAGUAAUAUUCCCUUGGACUCAGAGACCCACAACUAUCAGAUCGUCAAUCAUGACCAAAAGUUGCUGCUCAUCACUUCUACAACCCCGCAGUGGAAAAAGAACCGAGUGACUGUGUAUGAGUAUGAUACUAGGGAAGAUCAGUGGAUUAAUAUAGGUACCAUGUUAGGUCUUUUGCAGUUUGACUCUGGCUUUAUUUGCCUCUGUGCUCGUGUUUAUCCUUCCUGCCUCGAACCUGGUCAGAGUUUCAUCACCGAGGAAGAUGAUGCACGGAGUGAGUCAAGUACUGAAUGGGACUUAGAUGGAUUCAGUGAGCUGGACUCUGAGUCAGGAAGCUCAAGUUCUUUUUCUGAUGAUGAAGUCUGGGUGCAGGUAGCACCUCAGCGAAAUGCACAGGAUCCGCAGGGUUCUUUGUAAAUAAUAUUUUGAAGCUAAACCAUUUCUACUCCUAUGGAAUGUAUCUUUAAAAAGAUGGCCUUUUUUCUGGAAAAAAAAAGUUGAUUAGGGCCGCAGAUUUUGUUUAGAAAGGAUAAUAUUUUGAAAUACUACAAAAUUUAAGCAGUCCAUUAAAUCAGCCUACUUAAUAAUUUACAAUGCUAAAAGUCCAGAAUUAAAAUAUGCAAAAACAAAUUAUAUAAUUGUUUAGGAUGCUUGGUGGUUUUUCAUUGCUCAAACAUUCGUUGCACAGUGGGUUGUUUGGUUAGUUGGUAUGUUUAUAUUUUGAUGAUCCCAAUUUAGCCUUAUGUUAACUUUUAAAUUCUUAGUGCCACAAAAAAUUAGUAUAAUAGAAAACUGGCAUAGGAUUUGUUGGUUGGGUUUUGAAGGUGUAUAUUUUCCUUCAGAAUAAUGAAAAUAGUAGGUUUCAAAAUUUUAAGCUAGUCAGUUUUUAGUAUUCUAAGUUAAAUAUAGUUUGUUAAAAUUUAGUUCAAUUUUCUUCUGCAAUGAAAAAAAAUUACAUAUAUUUGUUAAGGUUACUGAAUAGUGAUUUCAUUUUGGUAAUGUGCAGAAUGGCCUUACAAGCUCACAGAAAGUUAAAAGGAAAUCAGGAUUCCACCGUUUCAAAAGAAAUCUCAGUUUUUAUAUUGGAAUAUAAAAUGUGUAUUUGCUAAAUGUGACCAAUUUUCUAUCUUAAAAAAUCCAUUCUAGUAGUGUCACCAAUUAUUCAAAGACCCUCCUAAACCAAAAAAAAAAAAAAAAAAAAGGAUAAUUUGAUAAAUUCAUAUUUUUUAUCUAUGCUUGAUACAGCCUUCAUUGAGUCAGAGGAAUAAUUCUUUUUUCCACUGGACAUGUAGUUGGGUAUUGUACAUUUUUAUCCAUUGGUCAUGCCUUGUCUUUAAAAGUUUUUUUGCCUGUACAGUUUUGGUGUUUGUCCUAGAGGAUUCUUCAGCAGGAAGUGAUUUAUUCUCUAUUGUUUUUGUGAGGUAAUAUUGGGUUUAACAAUAUGUAUAAGCUAAAAACAGUAUUUUAUUGAGAUCAGUAGUUACUGUGUAUUUCAACUAUAAAAUCAAGUGCCAGCAAAGAACUUUAAAACUUUAAGUAUGUAUAGAACUGUUUUGUGUAGCAUUGAAAUAUUCUGUCAGUUUUGUAAGUCACUGUAAAUGUUCUUAAUUAUCAGCUUGAAGGUAUUUUUGUAUUAAAAGUUGAUUGUUGAAGAACAUAAGUGGAUGAUGACAUUUGGGGCCAGCAGUAAAAGUAGAUCUUCUCUGAAAGAUUUCCCUAAGCGAUGGUAUACAUGGUUAUUUUAUUAUGGUAUUUGUAUAUGUUCUAUGUUUCUCUAUGAACCAUGUUCCAGUCUUUGUUUCUGUCACCAUAUGUAAGGGAAAGUCCUUAAAUAGAGAGACUAAAUUAUACAAAACUGACAUUGUUAAAUACAAGAAAAUAUAGGUGCUUACCUUUUGAAGGCUUAUUAAUACAUAUGGUUGUCACAAUACACAUAUAUGAUAAAUGGUGUCCGUAUACAUCCACAUAUGUUUAUGGUGUAUAAAUUUUUCUAUAUCCACUUAGAAUUAUCUCCUGAAUAUUUGUUCAGUGACAUGUUAAUUCCUCUUCUAUGUUUAUUCUUUAGUGACAGAAUGCUGACAUUUCUUACACUCUGGCAGAGAACAGAGGAAUCUGGUCUGGGAGGGGAGACUGAAUUUUUGAAUGAAAAAGGAGAGAGAAAGGAUAAAGAAACAAAAACCCACAAAUAGUGUUUUCUUAGCCAUUCUGAUCGGCCAUUUGAAAAGUCUCCAAGGCAUUCCUGUUUAACAUUAUUUCUAGUGAAAUAAGAGGCUUGCCCUAGCGGUAUAUGUUUCUUCAAAAGGGUAAAUGUGCUUUAGUGACGAAGGCUAAAUUUUGUUCAUUUAACAUUAGGAAUGUUAUGAGCUCUGUACUUAAUCCAAAGCUACUUCUCAGUAGUAGUAUUUUGGGGGCCAGCUUCGUCACCAUUAACUUCUUGCUGAUAGCUUUUUGUUCUGAAAGUUGAGACAUGACAGUGCUUAUCUCAACCAGAUUAUCCAUCUGCAGAAAUAAGGUAUGCCACAGAUUUAUAAAAGACAAAUUCUCUAAUUUGUCUUUCUCUACCUUUGAGUUAAAGUCUGGGCUAAAUAGUAGGAAUGUCUUGGUUUACAAUGAGGUUUUCUUGGAAAGGAUUUUGGUUUUGUGAUAUAUCUGUAAAUUAGGGAGUAGAUGUUAACCGUUAUAGAUAGGUGGUUUGUACGUGGUUAGAUACAAAUAAAACUGGUACUAGAA